AGCGGAGGGCGUUGCGGCGUGUGUGGAGCGGGAACUUGCGUAGCGUACGAGUGCCGGCCUUCCGCCGCUUGCUCUUUCUCCUGGUGAGGCUCGGCGCGGUUCCCGACGACGAGUGCCGGCCGGACGGCCGGGCUCGGCGCCAUGCUACGACGCACGAAGCCCGAGGUGGAGAGAUACGUCGCCUCCGUGCAGGCCGCCGCCUCCUCUCCUAGAGAGAGAUCGUUGAAAGGAUUCCUUUUUGCUAAGCUGUAUUUUGAGAUAAAAGAAUAUGAACUUGCUAAAAGAUACAUUUCUACUUAUCUCAGUGUCCAAGAGAGAGAUCCCAAAGCUCACAGGUUUCUGGGACAGAUUUAUGAAGCUCAGGAUAACAUAGAAAAAGCUUUUGGGUGUUACAAGCGUUCUGUGGAGCUGAAUCCAAUGCAGAAAGAUCUUGUGCUGAAGAUUGCAGAGUUGCUGUGUAGUAACAACAUCACUGAUGGAAGAGCCAAGUACUGGGUUGAGAAAGCUGCCAGGCUCUUCCCUGGGAGUCCUGCUGCUUACAGACUGAAG